AGCGUGAGUGCCAAUUAUAGUGCCGGAUUGCAAGCCGCAUGCGCAGAGGUACAUCACAUAGACAAACCGGAAGUCGUGGCUUAUAUGCGGAAGCAACACGGAAACUGUAUAGGUUUCCCAUAGCAACGGCCUGACGCUUUGGCUUUAGAAUUCCAACAUGCCUAUCAUAGCGAAUGAUUAUACGUGGGAGCAAACUGAGAAUGAACUUUAUAUACGUGUCCCCUUAAAAGGUGCCAAAGCCUCGGGGUCACAUGUGCUUUGUACUGAGAGGUACCUAAAGGUCAAUUUCCCCCCUUUCCUUUUUGAAGUGUUCCUUUUUGCUCCAAUUGAUGACAACAAAAGCAGUGCAAAGAUUGGCAAUGGAGUUAUCCUCUUUAAUCUGCACAAGAAGGAGCCUGCCGUAUGGGAUGCACUUACCUUGGCAAAUAUGGGAAAGGAAGAAAUGCAAAAAAUCCGUGAAAAUGCUGUUGCAAAAGAACAGGAGAAGGCACAACAAGAAACAAAAGCCAGAGCCGAAAGGAAGAGAGAAAAUGAAAAAUAUUCUUUAGAAGUCACAAUGAAGAUUGAGGAUGCAGAGAGAAAACGCAUAGAGGAUGUCAAACAUGAGGAAAGGAAGAAAGCAACAGAGGAAUUGGAGAAGUGGAAAGAAAAGGAGAGAAUUCAGGAAUUAAAUGAAAAGAUCCAGAAAAAGCAAAUGAGAAGAGAGAAUGAAAGCAAUAAAGCAGUACACACAAGGUCUUCAGAACACUGCUCCACUGCAACAUCUGUACAAAAUGACAGUCCAGUUAAUGUCAAGCAAAAAGAGAAGAUUUUGCCUCCCACUCGGUCCACUGGAUGCAUUCAGAUCCAGUUUACCCCUCGUGUCUUUCCUACAGCACUCAGAGAAUCCCGUGUGGCAGAGGAAGAAGAGUGGUUACACAAGCAGGCCGAAGCCCGAAGGGCCAUUAAUGUGGUUGAUCCUGGACUUCAAGACUUGACCGAUGAGGAAAAAAACCCAGAGUGGCUUAAAGAUAAAGGAAACAAGCUCUUUGCAGCUGGAGACAUUCUUGCUGCAGUGAAUGCUCUCAACCUGGCUAUACAGUUAAAUAAUAAGAUUCCCGAACUUUAUCUCAAUCGAUCUGCCUGUCAUCUUAAACUAAGAAACCUUCAUAAAACAAUUGAGGACUCAUCAAAGGCUUUGGAGCUUCUCACACCACCUGUCCAAGGCAAUGCCAGUGCCAGAAUUAAGGCUCAUUUAAGGCGGGGCACAGCUUUCUGUGAACUGGAACUUUAUGUUGAAGGCCUUCAAGACUACGAAACUGCCCUUAAAAUUGAUCCUACCAAUCAGAAAGUGAAAUCCGAUGCUGAAAAGAUUAGACGGAUCAUUCAAUCUUCCCUUCUAGAUAAUGAAUAAGGAAUUGUGUGUCUGUGGUAACGUCAAGGAUUUGACUUGUGAUAUAGAUUCUUUUUUUUUUUUUAUGCUGAAAUAUUGUUCUACUGAAAAAUAAUUAUUUAUAAUAUUUACAUUGUUCCUGUACCUUCACAUCAAAAUAUAUCAAAGAAA